GUCAUAUAACAAAACCACAAAGAGACAGGAUCGGCCCGGCGGCAUUUUUGCCUGUUACAUCACAACCAACCGUUACGGAAAACCACGUUGCUGUGUUUUGCUUUGGUUUUUUUCAGCUGUUAAAAGCUUUUCUUCAUUUCACUACAGUAUGGAAGUCAAUUUACAGACAGCAGUUGUGUAAUCCAUCAUGCUGACAUCCAAUUAUUCCCAAACAUCUGCCCAGGGCUAUGGAUCCUAUGGUGGAGGUGGUGGUGGAAGUGGUGGUGCUAACCAGGGCUAUGGUCAGUCCUCUGGCCAGAGUUACAGCCAGCAGGGCUACGGGGGCUACAACCAGGGCUCUGACAGUAGCUCUGGCUCCUACAACCAGGGAGGAUAUGGCAGUUAUGGUCAGUCCCAGUCAGGAGGAUACGGUUCUCCGCCCUCUAACCAGAGUGGUGGAGGUGGUUAUAAUCAUUCCAGUCAGUCCUACAGCUCUGGAGGCUACAGCAGCAGCAACCAGCCCUCCAACACGGGCUACAACCAGCAGUCACCCUUCUCUAGUUACAGCCAGCAGCAGCCUCCUGCUUCAUCCUCUGCAGGCUAUGAAGGCAACUCACAGGCCGCUGGCUAUAACCAGCCACCCAGCGGUGGACAGAGCGGUGGUGGUUAUGGGAGCAGUGGAGGUCAGAGUGGUGGAUAUGGUAGCAGCGGGAGCCACCAACAACCAUCCCAACAUGGAGGAGGUCACUACAACCAGCCUCCGAGCUACAACUCCCCUCCUCCACAGAGCUACAGCCAGCAGAGCCAGUAUGGUCAAGGUGGAGGAUACGGAGAUGACAGCCCUCCAAUAAGUGGAGGAGGAGGUGGAGGAUACAGUGGUCCUGAUGGAGGUUACGGAGGUCAGGAUGGCCGCGGUGGCAGGGGCCGUGGGGGUGGAUUUGGAGGUCGCGGUGGCGGCGGAUAUGAGCGUGGUUUUGACCGAGGUGGGCGAGGUGGACCAAGAGGAAGAGGAGGCAUGGGAAUGGGCGAUCGUGGAGGAUUCAAUAAGUUUGGUGGACCAAGAGACCCAGGUCAUGGACAUGGAGGACCUGGCUUCAUGCAAGACCAGGAUAACUCUGACAAUAACACCAUCUUCGUACAAGGCCUGGGAGACGACUACACUGUAGAAUCAGUGGCAGACUUUUUUAAGCAGAUUGGGAUCAUUAAGGUCAACAAGAAAACAGGCCUGCCCAUGAUCAAUCUGUACACGGACAGAGAGACAGGAAAGCUGAAAGGGGAGGCCACAGUUUCCUUUGAUGACCCCCCUUCAGCUAAGGCCGCCAUCGACUGGUUUGAUGGUAAGGACUUCAAUGGAAAUCCCAUCAAGGUGUCCUUUGCCACCCGCAGAGCUGACUUUGGAGGCCGAGGUGGCAUGAGGGGAGGUCGCGGACGAGGAGGGCCGAUGGGCCAUGGCGGAUUUGGUGGGGGUCGAGGUGGAGGUUUUCCAGGAGGCAAUGGUGGCAGUGGAGGAGGUGGAGGAGGGGGACAGCAGAGAGCUGGAGACUGGAAGUGUUCAAACCCCAACUGCGGCAACCUGAACUUCUCAUGGCGUAAUGAGUGUAACCAGUGCAAGGCUCCUAAACCGGAGGAUGCUGGUGGGAUGCCCCCCAUGGAAAGAGGAGGUUACGGAGGAGAGCGCAGAGGGGGGUUUGAUCGAGGCGGCUUCAGGGGCCGAGGCGGCGACCGCGGGGGCUUCAGAGGGGGCCGAGGAGGCGACCGGGGAGGAUAUGGCCCUGGCAAGAUAGACACAAGGGGUGACCGCAGACAGGAGCGACGGGGCCGUCCCUACUAAAUCAACAUUCAAAGACGAACUCUUCUCCCCCCACCUCAGCACAAAGAACAGUGUGUGUGUGUGUGUGUACCCCUGUCCAUACUGGGCCCAGCCCUCACCUUUCCCUUUUUAUAUAACUCUGUUAACUUCGAUCCUCCUGAUUCAGUCUGUAGAAAAAAGUGACCGUCCCUGUUUUUUGUGCUUGCUCUUGUUCAUGUCGCUCAUUUUCUUCACAUCCAUCCACACUCCUUUCUUCUGCUCAGUGGGGCCUCAUUUAGAAAAACAAACUCAGGAUCAAAUUCCAUCUCAAUUUUCUUUUUUUCUUUUUUUUACUACCAGAGCCUGAUUUUUAUCACUUUGGCCAUCAGUUCAGUUGAUUACUAAAACAGUUUACUCACCAGCACCAACAGUGGCAACAGUCAGAAACAGUCCAGCUUAACUAUAUCAUCUAAAUCCCUUAUUACCUCUGCAGGGAGGAGUCCACCAGUGUUGAAUGAAAUUCCAUGGAAAAUUCAGCUUUUUGUUGUGAAUUCAGUAACUUUUCCGAAGGAAAUUUUAACAUUGUGAGAUGGCGAAUAUGCCAACCUUAUUAUUAUUUUUUUCUCCUGAACAGCUGAGCCUACUUGAUGGAAACAAAUCAAUAUUUUGUUGUUUUUCUUAUUGACAUGUUGAGGGCACGCAUCCUUGUUUUCACUUCAAGGUUUAGUAACCAGGGGACUUAAAAACCUGAAGGCUCGUGUUGUUUUCACCAUAAGACUUUAGUGUAAAAGUGCGGCUACCAUGGUUACUGCAUGCUCAGGUGUACGCAGUUAAGUUAGUGAGUCAACUGAUAUUUUAAGUGACAAAUAUCGGCCAAAGCUGUGGAAUAUAAACCCCAGGGAGUCCAAAAAAAAAAAACGCUUUAAGUCAAGAAACGGACUUUUGAAAAUAUUGGUCAUCUUAAAUCUCACUGUAGACUAAAUACACUUCUGGUGGUUGUGUUGGAUCACUGCAGGAUAGGAAGCUCUUACACUGCACUUUGUUCACAAACAGAACAACUCAACAACUGAGCAGUUACUGUAGAGUGUGAGACCCAAUAGGCCUCAUGAAGGAACCACUCAACCAGUGGAUUUGUUCUCAAUGGCAGGUACGAGUGACUUAAUGGAAUUUGUUGCAUUCACCAGUUUUCUUAUACCCAGAAUUUAGUGUUUGGUAUGAACCAAAGUCAUGACUGGUUCAGACCCGUCGAUAAGUCAUGUGCAAAUAGCCUGGUUUUCUUUUAGGUGGAAAAAACAUUUGACUUAAAAAUCAAAAUGUCUUAAUCCGAAUGAAUUUGGAGUGAACACCAGAUCAUGAAAACUAAAAUAAACUUGAUGAUAUGACAAACAGAUCAUUCAUUUUGCUCUAACAUUAUCACAGUUUACCUAAACAAUUUAGUUGUUUAUUUGGGACAUACUUUGGCAUGGCAACUUUUUAAAAUAUUUUUUUAGUUUUGAGGAAGCCUCAGGGUCUUGACGCAGGUCGCUGUCCAGGGGAACAUCCCCUGUUGUAACGCUCGACAAUUUAAAUCCUUCAGUUCAAAAAGUAAAUAAGUAAACGGACCAUGUCAAUUUCCAAAAGCCCAAGGGGACAUCACUUGUUUGGUCUAACGAUUCAGAACCCAAAGCUAUUCAGUUUAAUUUCAAACAAGGAAAAAGUGUUGAUUCCCAUAUUUGAGAUACUGAACCCAUUACAUUUUUGGCAUUUUUUGCUCAAAAAAUGACUAAUGAUGAAUCGAUUGUCAAAAUAGUUGCUGGUUCAUUUUCUCUCGGCCGACUGAUUGAUUCAUCGACUGAUUGAUUGCAGCUCUAGAGGCAUCACCGACUCUACUCUCUUAUCCAUCUUCAUUACUUUGAAGUCCCCCUGACGGCGUCUCUUCUAAAUUAUGGACUGCUUUGCUACAGUACAACGUUUCAGCUAACUUCCUGUUAACCUGUUCUUUCUUUCUUUCUGUUACAGUAUGGUUCUGCUAAAUAUGUUCUGUUUUUGUCUGUCAUUUUCUGACCACAGGACUUGAAGCUCUGCAGUGUGAAAUUCUUAUUUUUACUCUUGGGUAGCAUUUUUUUCUUGAAUGAAACUUGAAACAGAUGGAGCAAAACAGAUCACCUUACAUAGCAAUUUGGGGACGUUGAUUAUGAUAAUGACCAAAUCCCGUGAAUGCAGCACCCCCCUCGAGAGCAGAUGGAGUUCGUCAAGUUGAAAGGAGCUAUUUAUGAAAAGUUUGUGCAGUUUAUUGAAUCCGAUGAAACAUUCCAAACCUCACAGAGAGAUGUCAGACAGGUUUGAGACAAAGAUUUGAAAAGGCCGAGAGUCUGAUUCAUUUCCAAAGAGAUUGUGAACAGGUUUGAAAGCAGUAUCUGAACUGAAGCAACUCUUUUUUUUUGUGUGUUUUUUUUUACGGUCAGUGAUUUCUCGCUAGUUUAACUCACCUGUCGAGAACUCCUUGGACUCGUGCCACCAUCCCUUCUGUCAACUUGAACACCAGUUUCAUUUGAGAUGCCAACACUGAUCUAAAAGAUAAGAUAAAGAUUCAAUUACACCUUUUACCUUGUUGGUUCUGAAUAUUUUUACUCAGAUCUAAGUACGUCAAAGGAGAAGAUUUUAUGUUUAUGAUCAAGUAAAAUCCACUUUUGUAAAUGAGACCCCAUAUCUCCGCAGUUGUAUUUAAGAUGUUUUUGUUGAGGCAGAACUCUUACUCUCGUGUAUUUAUUAUUAAUGUGUUGUUUUUGUAUUGUGCAUGUGCUGGUUUUCAAAAGAAAGUGUGAUAAAACCCAACAAUGCAUCUGUGGUUCUUAAUCACUCUGAUUAGUUUGUAUCUUGCGUAGCUUUCAAACAUUUUGUUUGUACAGAAAACUGUUGCUCAAUGUGAUGGAGUAUCAGGUGUGAGGACCGACCGACAUGGAAAAAGGAGGCGCGGCAGCUGCGAAUAGUUGUUAAGAGCUUGACUGAGUUUGUUUCUCAUUGUUCCAGCUUUCCCCUCAGACUGACAUGCAAUUUAUAUCCCCUACUUAAUACACCAGAUGGUUUCUUAUGAGCGCAGGUAAUUUGAAUAGGUUGUUUUUUCUGAGAACUGGGUACUGAGUCUCAUUUAACCACUCAUAAUCCUCAGAAAUGUCAACCAUCUUCAGUGCUAUGUAUAUGGCUGUGAAACACCUUAUUGUCACCUUUUUGAGGGUGAUCUCAUUGUGGCGCUGGCAGUUUCGUUCUUGGAAUUUUCUGGCUUUCCUGAGGCAUUUACCUUUUGAUAAACUUGUUCAUUUGCCUGCCACUCCUGCUCAAACUUGGCACACUGUCCAAGUUGGUAGACAGUCUACACUGUACGUAGAAAAGGAAAAAGGAACUUUGUGCCAAAAUCGUAGCCCCAUAGCACCUCAGACUACUGCUGUGUUUCCUCCAGCUUUUACAAAUAAAACUUUUAUAUUAUGCAAGUAUGUUGAAAAACUGCAGUCCUACUUUUCAGCACAUUUUUAUCAGAUCUUGUUGAUCCAUUUGAAAAAGUUCAUUAGGUGUCAUUUCUGGCAGGUAGAGAAAAUGAGUGGGUAAAGCUGUUUCCCUGAUAGAGAACAUGUCCUAAAUCCGCUUUAGUUAAAGGGUCAACUUUAGAAGGUGUUGAAUUCUGGCACUUAACACUUUACCUGACUAAAUCUACCUGCUGUCAUUGGGUUUUCCGUACGUUUAUCAGAAAAAUUUCCCCCCUCGGAGCCUCCCCAUUAUGUUCUAUUGCUGAAUAUGAGUAAAAGAAGAAAAAAAAUGCAUUCUGAGGCACAUCAGGGAUUCAGGUGAGCGCAAAACCACCUGACAGUCAUGAAAAAUUAUCUCUUUUUUAGUAUCUAUAAGACUAAAUUAGUAGUCUUUUGGAUAAUGUUAGAUUAUAUGUUUUCAUGUAAAUUAGCAGAGGUAUUUGUUUACAAGGCUUUUUUAUUGAAGAGCUAUGACUGAUACUUUGGAUAUGAAAAUGGCAUCUGUUUUUUGUAAAGUAAAUAAAACCAGAAAAUCGGUUUUACAGUCAGUAAUUUCUGUGUAACUUUAGUCACCUGUCAAGAAUUCAUUAAUUCAUUAAUUGGAACAUUUCUCUCGGAAGAUUCACUAACACCUUUCAGUUUUUGGUUCUCAGUAUUUUUCCCAAACCUAAGGACGCUUUGGGGAAAAAAGUUCCAGCCGAGUUGUAAUGAACUGAUGUAAUGUCUUC